AUGUCAAACUUCCUAAUGCCGGUCUCUCUCUGUAAACGGCUACAAUCCGCAGUUACACGCUACUGGUGGGAUCUCAAUGAAAACGAGAGGAAAAUGGCGUGGAUCUCAUGGGAUAGUAUGGCAAAACCUAAAGCCAUUGGAGGGUUAGGAUUCCGAGAUUUUCAGAGCUUUAAUAUCGCUCUUCUAGCCAAGAUUGGAUGGCGGCUGCUUCAAAAUCCAGAAUGCCUGUUGGGGAAAGUCCUGUUUGGAAAAUAUUGCCAAGACAACAACAUCUUGCAGGCCACUGAUUCCUCCUCUAUGUCGCAUGGCUGGCGAAGCGUGUUAGCGGGCAGAGACCUCCUGCUAGAGAACCUGGGCUGGGUCGUGGAAGACGGAGCCUCGAUAAAUAUAUGGUAUGAUCCCUGGCUGAGCCUCACUUGCCAAGAGAGACAAACGAAAAAACGUUAA